AUGAAUGGCGCGGAAUUGGUGUUGUACUGCAUCAUCGGAUGGUGCCUGCUUUUGAAUCCGGAGGCUUCGCCGCAUAACGAUUCGGAUGAAAGUAAACGAAAUAGGUCAGACAGUACCGUCAGUGAGGAUUCCGCGAGUCUGUUCUCGUUCGAGCCUAUCGAUGGAUUCAAGGUCGUCUUUGACGAGAAAGAGCUAUCUUUCCAUUAUGAUCCAAUUGGCAAAACAGCAAACUCUGUUGAAGCCAGAGGAAAGGAUGAAAAAUCAAAACGACGAAAUAUUAUGAAAAAAAUUGGAAGAUUUUUAAUGAUGAUACCCGUGGGAUUUCAGUUACUGCAGAUACCGUUCGCUAUUGCAUCUGUAAAAAUGUCUUUAAUCAGGAGUAUAUUAGUGGCAAAAGUUGCUCUAUUUAUGCUGCUCAUCCGUGUCUUAUUUACACCUAAACCUCAGGAGAAAAUUGUAAUCGUCAAACCACCGAAGGAAUAUCACGAGCAUUAUUAUCAUCAUCAUCCGUAUAACGAACCUGAAGAUAACAAACCCGGGUGGUUUGGAAAAGGCCCAUCAUGGUUAUACUAA